AUGAGCUCAAUUGAGUUGGCGGGCUUGAGCCGCAGGAUCCGCUCCGUGAGGAGAAGUUUGAGAAGACAGCUGGAUGAGUCGCAAGGCUCAUGGAGCGGCCUCUCUGCUUCAUGCGUGAGACAGGCGCUCCUGGUCUACCUUUGGAGCCAAGCAAAGACGUCGCAUCAUGCUUUGGACGCCGCGGCUACCUACCUCGCUCGCGCUGCUCCUCUGGUGAUUGUGCAGGUGGCCGUGUCGGCGAAGGAUGCCUUCGAUGCUUUGUUUGCCGCUACUUCGGCAGCGUUGAUGGCUCGGUUGAGCACAGACCCACCUGCAUCGGAGCUGUACCGGGCUUGUGAUUUCAUUAUACAAUACCUGCUUCAUGAUUGGGUCAGGUCUCAAAAUGUCGAGUAUGGAGUGGCCCCCACAAGGCAGCAGUUAGUAAGACAGGCUUUGCUCUUUGUUCCGGACGGCCUUCCAGAGGCUGUAGAGAACCGCCUGUGUUUGCCUUUCUAUGGUGGCCCUCCAUCCCAACGGGCAUAUUUGAGACGUUUUCGGAAAGCUUGGAACGGGCGCAUAGGCACCUUACCUGUCACAGCUUCUUUGCCAAUCCAUGUGUUGCAGGAGAAGGCCUAUUCUUUUUACCGGUGGGCCAACUGCAUCCCGCCAGACAAUAUUUUGGUCAACAUGGAUGAAUGUUCUUUGGCUGUGCACGUGGAAGGGUGCCGAGGUACUGUUUUGCGGUCUGUACGUGGUGCAGUGCGAGCAUCUUUGAGUACCCAGAGGUCCCGGAUGACGCUCUUAGCAUCAGUGUCUACAGACUUCGGUUUCAACGCAAUCUUGCCGCAGGUUAUCAUUGCCAACAAGACCCAGUUUCCCAUCAAAUUUAUGAAGUCCUUGGAUCCGGCAAUCACGGAUCGAUUGAAAAUUUGGCGUGGUGCCACCGCAUGGAAUACUGCUGCAUUCAUGUGUUCCUAUUUGCGUCUUCUACAUGAAAAUUGGCAAUCUUACUGCCCUGAAAAGCCUUUGACGCUCCUCUUCGACUGUGCUGCAUGCCACCUCCAUUCUACUGUGAGGUCAUUGGCCAAAACAUUGGGGUUGCAGGUCCUAGUGGUGCCGGCUGGUGCUACCGGUACACUUCAACCGCUUGAUGCAUAUAUUUUUCGCACCCUACGCUGUGAGAUCCGGCGGCAGUGGACGCAGACAAAGAGCGAAGCUGCUGAAGGUGUUGUUUCCCGAGAAGCAUGGCUACGUGUGAUGGCCACUGCAGUGGAGACAGUGCUUUCGCAUCGAGAUUGGCAGCGGGCUUUUGAAGGAACUGGAGUGACCAAGCAGCAGAAUUGCAUAUCGUCGCAUGCAUUGAAAGCCUUGCAAUGGGAUGAGUGUCCAAAGAUUCCAGCUGGGCGCCCUAGUGUGGGGCAAGCAUCGUGUAUCUUCCCAAGCCGCGGUGCUGGAAGUGGCAACAUUGAAGCAUGGGUGAAAGAGUGCGCUGGUGAUGUGCUGCAGGCUGAGCUUGCCGAGCUCAAGCAGCGACGACAAGAGCUGCGCGAGGCCUUCAAAGCUAACAAAGCACACAUGAAGGCCGCGCAGAAGCGAAAGGCCAAGUUGGUCAAGGCAGCUCGUCAACUUUCGGUGUCGGACUUGCAGAACUUGCUCGGAUCGAUGACGGCCGAGCGCACUGAGUGA